UAAGUGUAGUGUCUGUGUUCUAGUACCUGCCUGGGGCUCCCCUGAUCCAUGGACGGGAUGGUGGAAGAGAACGGGACAUCUGGGGGCAACGGUGACCCGCUAGCGGCAUCUCCCACACCUCACCCCAUAGCUGUCACUAAUGUUCGGGAGGCCACCAUCGUUACAUAUAACACGCAGCCACAGAAGGGGCAAUCAGUGAUUCAGAGCAACCAACAGUCGGUGAUACAAUCUGCCAACAACCAGCUACCAGUGCUCACAAAGGGCAACGUCAUUCUGGUCGGCAAACCAAACUCUGUCAUCCAGACAACCCAAGGCAACUUGCAGACACUUCAGGUAGUGGUGGAAGCAGGCUCAGACGACAGUUUAUCUAAUGACGAGGAUGCGACGACGCGCAAGAGAAGGGACAUUCUGACACGAAGGCCCUCGUAUCGGAAAAUCCUCAACGAUCUUGGAGGUGCGGAAAUCUCAGGUAGCAAGACUACCUUCUUCAAACCUCUUUUUGGGGGCAAGGUGGAGUCGUCAGGGUCCGACUGUGACUCUAACCUGGACUCCGAGCUCUCGUCUCAUUCUCUACCAACACAUUACCAGGCAGUGAUACCAGCGGGAACAAUCCAGCUUACGAGUCAAGGCGAAGCGGUGACGGGCCUGCACACACUGACUAUGACCAACGCUACGGGAGGCAGUGGCACGCUUGUACAGUACACGCAGGGACAGGAUGGGCAGUUCUAUGUGCCUGGUGAGAUAGUGGUGACACAGUCUGGAAGCCUAUCGGGAGGACCAAUUAUGGCAGAGGACCAGGCCAGGAAGCGGGAACUUCGGCUACUGAAGAACAGAGAAGCAGCGAGGGAGUGCAGAAGAAAGAAGAAGGAGUAUAUAAAGUGUCUGGAGAACCGAGUGGCUGUCUUGGAGAACCAGAACAAGGCCUUAAUAGACGAACUGAAGUCUCUAAAGGAGUUGUACUGCCAGCAGAAGACGGAAUAGUGAUUCCCCACUGACUGAACAAGAGGCCUUCAAUGACCCCUCGGAAGGAAGGGUUCACAGCGCCAGAGUAUAUAUUUUCUUUGUCCCUUCCCCCGAGAGUUGGUACGUCGCCGUAGUUGUAACGAUCUAGUCUCGAUCGCAGUCGGUUACCCUCGGAACACUUUGGAACCAAAAUAAGGCUUUUAUUGUGGACAAGGCUGUUGAUGAACCGUUUAUUAUGGUUAUGUUUAUUUGUUUUCCAUUGUGGUCAUCUAUAUGGAUUUGUUGCAAUAUUUACUAGGCUGUGUUCGUGUAGGCAUUUCCAAUUAUUACUAUUAGUUAGUUUGGCUUAGAAUAUACUCAGAUAAUUUUGGUGCCUCAGUUUAAAGUAAGAGUAAUACAAAUUUGGAUUGAAUGUGCUAACAGCCUUAAACAGUUAGUAGUUUCUAAAGCAGAUGGUUUAAAUAUUAUGUAUAAACACAUAGC